AUUACUGGUUAAAUUUCUCCCAGAAUGCUGUUGUCUCUUCCUUCUUCACUCCCUUUCCUCUUUCUCUCACACAGUCGUUUCCCCGCACACGCAACUGUCAGCCACCGCGCUUGAUCGCCGUGGCUACGCUUCAAGACUCGCAUUUUCCCUCCGCCGUCGAUUUCGCUACGGCGGUUCUUUGCCGGUAAACUUCCAAACUCGAUAAGUUGUUUUCACGAACUGGAAUUUAUCUUGAAGGUGCUAAAUUUCUGCACUUCAUAUCAAUGGCAUUGGGGCAUUAGUUAUUAAGUGUUUUGUUUAGAGAGAGUUGAAAUCAAAGUUUGGAAUUUGUUGUCGAUAUGGCUUCAAGAGUAAUUUCGCGAAAGAGAAGGAGCAUCUUCUCCAAUCCGCUGAAUUGUCAACCUACUCGCUUUGUCCUUGGAUUCUCAAGUGAUGGGCAUGGUCAACCAUUUGAAUCAAAUAAAGUAGAUGGUUUGAGUCAGUUUCCCUUCGAUUCAUCUUCAACUACAGGACAUAGGCGGGGAACAAAUGCAUUCACUGUAAAUAAAGAUGGUCUAGCAUCUUCUGCAGCGUCGAGAUUUCUCUUGCAUAGUUCCUUUGGAGUUUCAAAUUUUGGAUUUAGAAAUGAGAAAGCGGAGUUAGUUUCUCUUUCAAGAUUGGGGUGGAUAUCCCAGUGUACCCGUUAUAUUUCCACGGCAGCAGAGAGGGCCAAUGAACAAUCAGCUACCAAGCCAAAGAAGGAAGCUUCACCAGAGGAAUGUGAUGAAGCUGUUGAGGGCUUGAGUACCGUUAAAGCAAAAGCCAAGGCUAAACAAUUGCAAGAAUCCCAGAAGAGUUCUGAAUCAAUUAUAAAGAGAUUAUGGGCUAAGAUUCUAGGAAUUGGUCCAGCUUUCAGAGCUGUUUUGUCGAUGAGCAGGGAUGACUGGGCAAAGAAGUUACGUCAUUGGAAGGAUGAAUUUAUAUCUGCCCUGAAACACUACUGGUUUGGUACAAAACUGCUUUGGGCUGAUGUUAGGAUAAGCUCCAGAUUAUUGUCGAAACUUGCCAAUGGAAAGAGUCUUUCUAGAAGGGAGAGGCAGCAGCUCACAAGGACAACAGCAGAUAUUUUCAGGCUAGUUCCUUUUGCUGUAUUUAUCAUAGUUCCAUUCAUGGAGUUUCUGUUGCCAGUAUUCCUGAAACUGUUCCCCAACAUGCUGCCUUCCACCUUCCAGGACAAAAUGAAAGAACAGGAGGCAUUGAAAAGAAGGCUAAAUGCAAGAAUAGAAUACGCCAAGUUUCUUCAAGAUACUGUAAAAGAAAUGGCAAAGGAAGUUCAGAAUUUACGAGGUGGAGAAAUGAAGAAGACAGCAGAAGAUCUUGAUGAAUUUAUGAACAAGGUCAGAACGGGUGCCCGAGUUUCAAAUGAUGAAAUCCUAGGUUUUGCCAUGUUAUUUAAUGAUGAGCUCACUUUGGACACCAUUAGCAGGCCUCGCUUGGUAAAUAUGUGUAAAUAUAUGGGUAUCAGCCCAUUUGGAACUGAUGCGUAUUUGCGUUAUAUGCUCCGCAAAAGAUUACAGGAGAUCAAGAAUGAUGAUAGGAUGAUUCAAGAAGAAGGUGUUGAGACUCUUUCAGAAGCAGAGCUUCGUCAAGCUUGUAGAGAUCGAGGAUUACUUGGAUUACUUUCAGUGGAAGAAAUGCGGAAACAGCUUAAUGACUGGCUAGAUUUAUCUCUCAAUCAUUCUCUGCCGUCUUCCCUCUUAAUUCUUUCUAGAGCAUUUUCUGUUUCAGGAAAGGUGAGGCCAGAGGAGGCUGUUCAAGCUACACUCUCUUCUCUGCCAGAUGAGGUUGUAGAUACUGUUCAAGUUACAACUUUGCCAUCUGAAGAUUCAGUUUCUGAAAGGAAGAGGAAGUUGGAAUUCCUUGAAAUGCAAGAGGAGCUAAUAAAGGAGGAGGAAGAGAAAGAGGAAGAGGAGAAAGCCAAAGUGACAGAAUCUAUUGGUAGCGAGAGGAAUUUGGCUAUGGAAGAGAGGGCUUCAACAACCGAACAAACACAAAAAGAGAUCAAAACAAAGACAUUGGAAAAGCAUGAGCAACUCUGUGAGCUCAGCCGCGCACUAGCUGUUUUAGCAUCAGCAUCUUCAGUGAGCAGGGAACGAGAAGAGUUUUUAAGGCUCGUUAGGAAGGAGAUGGAGCUAUAUAAUAGUAUGGUAGGGAAAGAAGGUAUUGAAGGUGAACGGGAAGCAAAGAAGGCCUAUAAAGCUGCAAGAAAGGAUAGUGAUGAUGCCCUUGAGGAGGCUAUUAGUGACAAGGUUUCUUCAGCACUUACUGAAAAGGUUGAUUCUAUGCUCCAUACACUUGAAAAAGAAAUUGACGAUGUUGAUGCUAAAAUUGGAGACCGCUGGCGGUUGCUAGACAGGGAUUACGAUGGGAAAGUGACACCUGAGGAAGUUCAGUCUGCUGCUAUGUAUCUGAAGGACACACUGGGCAAAGAAGGAAUUCAGGAACUGAUCAGCAAUCUCUCCAAGGAUAGCGAUGGGAAAAUAUUGGUGGAAGACAUUGUCAGAUUGGGCAUCCAGAAAGAAGAUGCCGAUGCAGAGGAAUGCUCUGGCGUGUCCGAGGAGGUUCUUUCCGGUGGUGCGGCUCUGGUGAGAGAGAAUGAAGAUGAACGAUCUUCUUGAUUAAGCGUUUUGGCAACACCUUCUGCACUUGUCCUCUGUUUGCAUUUCUUGAAGGUCCAAGCCAAGACAAACCAACCUUCAAAAAAAACUGAGAGCUUCUUCACCUUGGGGCGUGUCUCUGUUCUGUUCAUUCUGAGUGCUGCAAGAAACACAAACAAGUUUAAAGAAAAGAAGACACUUGCUGAAAUGAAAUUGCUACUCAGAUGAGAUGGGGCUUAUAGAUUUGAUAUUCUGUUCUGUUUGGAACUAAGACGUUUCUGGGUAUGCAUGCUGAAAUUGCAAUUCCACACUGUUUGUCCCUUCCUUUCUUUUGGAUUUAAUUAAUUCAAUUCUGUAAUAUAAUUUGGAUCUGUUUUUAAAUCUUCCUAAUCCCCAUAUUUGAAUUUGUAAAGCAACACACUAUUUAUAGGCACCAGUAGUUUCUGCUAAAUAAUUUGACUAUUCUUUGAAUCUCUUUUA